AUUGACAUCGCUUUGACGUUCUCUUCCUGUGGCUGGUUGGAUUUAAUGAGAUUAUUUCUUUACAUGCAUAUCUGAGUUCUAUAAAACUGGGAACGCAUCCAAAUUUCAGCGGCUGUAGAUACUGUUUAGUUCUGCUUUAUUUUAUUUCGUUUUGAAAUUUUGACACAGUAUUUUCAAUAACUGAAUGCCAGUAGUUAGCAUAUCUUGUUUAAGUUUAAUCAACAGUAGCUAAUAGCAGUAUACAGAUAUACAGACUAACGAUGAACAGUCCCAGAUUAAACAAGAAACAGGAGAAGCUUAAUAGUAAGGACAAGCCAUAUGUGUGUUGUGGAAAUUUCCACACGGACUUUAAGGAGCUGUGUCGGCGAAACGACAUGGCUGUGAUACCCCCCGUAGUGCCGAGGGCGAGCCUACCGUGUGUCAGUAAACAGGAGAAGGUGAAGAAAAAGGCUAAGCACCAUUCCCAAUUACGCGUCAAGUUGCAAGGCGAAGUUGCAGGCGAAAACAGCGAAUCCGCUGAACCGCCUCCUAAAACAUACACGGUAAAAGAUUCGUUCCAAUAUUUUAAGCCUACAGUACAGGUCCAAAUGGACAACCCAGAUAAGCAAGACACAGUAACAGAAGUAUAUAUCAGAGGUUGGAAAAUCGAUAACCUCAUGAUGAACGUUUUCAGACAAUGUUGGCCUGUCCUGGAAAAGCUACAAACUAUAAAUUUGUGGAAUACUGGCCUUACGGGGGAGGUAAUUAGCAUUUUUGCUGAAUUUCUUCCCUUGUGUUCGAAUAUAAAGACUCUAAUCUUGGACGGGAACUCGACUAAAGAAGAGAACUGGCAUGAACUGAUAGGAGUAAAAAGUCCGGUCUAUAUUCUAUCGCUCAGAAACUGUAGCAUUACAGACAAAGGAGCAGAAGGUAUUGGCCAAGCCCUCGGUUCCAUAAAAAGCAUCAAUACCAAACUCUUGGCGCUGAAUCUUUCAGGAAACAAUAUCACUGACUGUGGUUGCGGGCUCCUAGCUAGAAGUCUGCGCUUGAACCGCACCUUGGCUUUGUUGUCCCUGGCAAGCAAUCAGAUAGGAGAUAUAGGAUGUGUUAAACUAGCAACGGUCUUACAACCCUUUCCUCUUGAACACGAGGAGGUGGUUGAAAGAAGAAAGCAGCUAUCGAUCAAAAUACAACCACGCAAAAGCAUCAAAUUCACUGAUCAAGUAGUUUGCACACCUGUUACAAAACACUAUUUUAAGAGGGUCAAACAAAGGAAGGAUAAGGAAGAUGAUAGAAAAAUUAGUGUACGGAAAGAGGACAGAUACUCAAAAACAGAUAAACGAAAGGAGAGCCAACCUUUGAACUUUGACCCGAAACCAAUCAGAACCAGAAGAGCGUCUUCGGCAGGUUUAGUGGGAAGUUCUUUGAAAACGGGAAUGAAAGAUCGGAAAGCACAACACUAUCCGGAUGCGUCCCACGCGCACAAGUCGGUCAUUUACACCAACGGCCAGCUGUGGGUUCCUGGAAACCGAGUUCUUCAUAGUGUGAAUCUGUCGAGAAACCUUAUCACAGAUGUCGGAGUGACGGCGCUGUUGAAUACCGUGUACUGCCAAACACCCGGCCCCGUUGUCAACGAACGCUUGGGUACAGGAUUAUUGAUGCUUGAUCUACACAAAAAUGACAUCCCUCCAGACCAUGAGUUGAUUAUGCAACUGGAUAAACUGCUGGCGCUAAAAGGCAACCCUCUUCAUUAACGUGUCUGUCUAGAAGCUAGAUGGCGGCUACUUUUUCUUUUCUUUCGUUUUUGCCAAAUAACAUAUUUAGGAGCCAUGUUUAUAUACCGAUGCAUUUGUAUGUGUGUGUGUGUGUGUGUGUGUGUGUACAUACAUACGUGUACAUACGUGUGUAUAAACCAUAUGUGCACAUAUUAAAAGUACCUUGAAAAGCA